CCCCGCAGCCCCCCUGGGGGUCGGGACCCCCAACCCACCGUGUUGUCCCCGCAGGAGGUGGACUGGGAGGUGGAACUGGCCGCUGUCAUCGGGAAGAGGGGGCGGCACAUCGAGGAGUCGGCAGCCCUGGAGCACGUGGUGGGGUUCACGGUGGCCAACGACGUGAGCGCCCGGGACUGGCAGCUGCGCAACGGGCGGCAGUGGCUGCUGGGGAAAACCUUCGACACCUUCUGUCCCCUGGGGCCCGCCCUUGUCACCAGGGAGGCGGUGAAAGACCCCCACAACCUGUGGAUCCGCUGCAGCGUCAAUGGGCGCCCGAUGCAGGACAGCAGCACCCACCACCUCAUCUUCGGGGUGCCCACCCUCAUCGCCUGGGUGUCCCGGUUCGUGACGCUGGUCCCUGGGGACAUCCUGCUGACGGGGACUCCUGCCGGAGUGGGGUUCUUUCGGAAACCCCCUGUCUUCCUUAAGCCUGGGGAUGAGGUGCAGUGUGAGAUCGAGGAGCUGGGCACCAUCUGCAACCGCGUGGUCUGAUGGUGGAGAGACCCCCCAGAUCCCACCCCUGUGGGAUCAAUAAAUCCACUAACAAAGAGAACUCAGAAUCAGUCUACUGAAACGCUCCCAAUCUGAGAAAAAGAUAAUAAAAAGACUGAAAAUGUGGACUAAUUAGCAUAAGAAGUGAGAAAGUAAUAACCAAUAUAGAAUACUACUUAAUUAACAUAACCAAUGAACAUUAAUUUCUUUGCUAAAAAUGUAUAAAUAAUGAAAAGUUUUGAAAGUGGGUGGGCAUGUUGAGUGGAACUAUCCCCAUGCACCCCAACACUGUGACUAAACUAAUGCCUGCUUUCUAAUACUAAAAAAA